AGGCAAAAUGGAGAAAAUAGAGCACAAAAUGAUAGCUGUAAAUGGCAUAAAUAUGCAUGUAGCAGAACUAGGCCAAGGUUCAACAAUCCUCUUCCUACAUGGAUUCCCUGAGCUAUGGUACUCAUGGCGCCACCAAAUCGUCUACUUUGCGGAGCAUGGCUACAGAGCGGUGGCGCCUGACUUAAGGGGUUAUGGAGAUACUACAGGCGCACCCCUUAACGACGCUUCAAAGUUCAGUAUCCUUCACCUUGUGGGUGAUCUUGUAGCACUGCUUGAAGCAAUAGCUCCAAACGAAGAUAGUGUGUUUGUUGUCGGGCAUGACUGGGGUGCCACAAUUGCUUGGCAUUUAUGCCUUUUUAGGCCAGAUAAAGUUAAAGCCUUGGUGAAUUUGAGUGUCCAUUUUUUCCCAAGGAAUCCACAGAUGAAUCCUGUUGAGGGACUAAAGCUUCUUUAUGGGGAAGAUCAUUACGUCUCGAGAUUUCAGGUACCGGGCGAAAUUGAAGCUGAAUUUGCUCCAUUGGGUGCUAAGGCUGUUCUAAAGAAAAUUUUGACAUAUCGCGAUACUGCACCAUUUCGUUUCCCUAAAGGCAAAGGCCUUGAGGCUCUCCCUGAUGCUCCGAUUGCCCUUUCAUCUUGGCUUUCCGAGGAAGACUUGGAUUACUUUGCCAGUAAGUUUGAGAAAACUGGUUUCACUGGUGCAGUUAACUAUUACCGAGCUUUUCCCAUAGACUGGGAACUCACAGCACCAUGGACAGGAGCUCAAGUUAAAGCUCCAACCAAGUUUAUCGUCGGGGAAGUCGACGUGGUCUAUCAUAUACCAGGUGUUAAAGAGUACUUACACAAUGGCGGAUUUAAGAAAGAUGUUCCAUUGUUGGAGGAAGUUGUGGUUUUGGAAGGUGCAGCUCACUUUGUCAACCAAGAAAAACCAGAUGAGAUUAACAAGCACAUCUAUGACUUCAUUCAAAAGUUCUAAACUUUUAUUUUUACUUUUUAUUUACGGGAUCGUAACGGAUUUUGUGCAAGCAGUAUCGGUCUAUUGUCAUAAUUUGGCUUGUUAGUCAUUAGGAAUUAUGUGAUACUAAGUCCCCAAAUUCCGCUUGUGGAAUUACACUAGGUAUGUUGUUGUUGUGAAAUAAAGAGCAGCACGGUGCAUUAAA